AUGGCACCCCACACGCAAACUGCCGGUGGAGUAGGGGGCAUUACAAUUAAGCAAACGUUUCAACGGCGCCAGUGGCCAUACAACACUGUCAACACGGGCGGUACCGGUGGAACAGCGACGAACGCUGUGACCACCACCACCACCACCGCCGCGCCGGCUAACCCUGCAACCAUUGCUGGCACUACGACCGCUGGCAAUAGUAUUAGUAUAAGUAGUAAUAGUAACCAUAGUAACGCUGGUAGUAACGGUAAUGCUGCUGGUACAAUCGUACAGACGACAGCGGGUGCGUCGGGAACAUCGGUAUCAACGUCAGAACAGCAACCCAACGCCACUACCAUCACUGCCUUUGCGACGACACUGACGUCCCAGACAGGCAGCAGCAAUUUCUCGACCGCCACUACUACCAACAACACUGCCACUGCAGCAGCCGCCGUUGCACUGCUGCGAGUCGCUUCGGGCAGCACCUCGGCCGGCCUGGCCGUGAGUCCUUCGAAUAAGCUGAAGCGCCUACAGCCAACGUCCGCAUCGGCGACGGCAUCGACAGCCGCUACCGCACCACCGCAGCCCCAGCCACCUACCACCACCGGUGUUCAAACAGACGGAACUGGAAAAAGCAAUAGCAACAGCAAUAAUACAGGCAGCAAUCAUGUUGCCGCCUCUGCCAAACGUGCCCGCCCGAACCAGGAUGGGGCCAAGAUCGUGUGUAAGUCGGUCGGUACUAACACCAACGGGCCGCCCGCAUUGGUCGCCGUGAACAGCAACGCUACCCAGAAAAAGCUGACCCAAAUGGCGAUCGUCGCGGCCACUAGCAGCAGUAGUAGUAGUUCGGUAACCGCGAUCAACAACAACACGUCGACGUCGAUAGCGAUGAAGUCUGGUGGAAGCGCACCGUUGCCAACGACGACAACCAGCACUACCACCACCAUGCUGACCGCCGCCAUUCCAGCGGAACUGGCCAAAGCGAACAAAAUUACUGGGUAUUUUAAAUCGCAGCUGAAAACACCGAACUCGUUCCACAAUUUGAAGAAAACUAUCAAAACCGUAGCGGGACGAGCGUCGGCGCUGCAUCAGCAAAAGAGAAAACUGCUUGCCGAUGGUACGACCGAAGGUUACCCGGAGCUGACCACCUCGCUGAAAACGACUCCUGGUGGGAUUUCAACAGAGGUCAGUACUGCACCGAAUCCUGCCCCAUUGUCGGAAGCCAAUAUGGAGAAAUAUCUGAAACUAUACGAGCAGCAAGCAUUGGGUGCAACGAUCGUACCCAACGGUACGACGCUAACGACGACGGCACUGGAAGCAUUUGCCGUAGCUACGCUAGCUGCGUCCGAGGCGGCAGUAACAGCCGCCACCAAUACUUCCGGUGCAUCGGCAGCAUCCUCCAGCACAACGACCAACAGCAACACUGUUGCGGUGUCGAAAAAAGUGGAACGAAAAACGGCACGCAUUGCACCGACCGUAUCGGCCACGCGAAAGAUCAGCCAUACCGUGCAGGGUGGUCUCGGUGUAGGAGGUAGCUCCGGUGCAGCAGCAGCAGGGCAGACGAAGAAACCGAUUAAUAUUGCACCGCGAACGACAACCGUCAGCAGUACGACGGCGGUUUAUCAACACACGAUCGUUGCGGCUCCGGCAAGCGGUCCGGUCAGCAGCAACAACAACAAUACCACUGCCAGCGUACACCAUCAUCAUCAACAGGCGACAACGACAACAACCACCACGCAGAAGACUGAGCAGCACCCGCUGAUGAUGGGUAAAACGCAACCGCCACCGCCGGUUCUACUCACCACGAUACGGCUACCGGGUCCGGCGGCUCAGCAACAUUCACAACCGUUGCAGCUUCCUCCUAACGUUAUCGUUUCACAGUCCCAAUCGGGCACAGUAACGCAGACAGCUGCAGCCGCUGUUGUACCGCAGUAUAAAUCGAUUAUUAAUCAGCCACUACAAUCCACACCUACUAGCGCCGGUACGACAAAAUCAAUGUCCGGCACCAAACUUGCGACGGCAGUCAGUACAGCUGCCAGCACAACGAUCGCUCCGACUGCGGCCGUGUUCCAGUUCCAUCAUCACCAUCAGCUGUCGGGAGGUGGCGCACCCGGCCAGAUACCGAAUCUGGUGCAGAUCUCGAACCUGCUUCCUCUCGCGGCUGCCCAACAGCAAGCCAAACUAACCGGCGGGGCUUCCUUGACGCUUGCCAACGCCGCUAAUGCAGCGGCCAUCCAGCAGCAGCAGCAGCAACAUCAACAACAGCAUGUCGCCUCGGCGGCUGUUAGUGCAGCCACGGCAGCAGCAUUCGCGCUCGGUGCCGCCGGGACACCGUCGGCCGCAGCCGCCAACCUGCUAGUCAAUGCAAACGGCAUCAACAACGGUGCCGCGGCUGGGUUAAUUCGUAGCGGUGCUACUAAUAGCACUGGCACGGCCGGUCCCACACCACAGCUCGUCAUGAACGCCACCUUCAUCAAAAUCCAUCAGAUACAGCAGCAGCAGCAGCAAGCGGCAGCGGCCGCCGCUCAUCAAGCCGCCCAACAGCAGCAACAGCAGUUGAUGGCCGCGGCCGCUAGUUCGGUUGCGAACACCACUCAACAGCAGCAAAGCUUCACGAUGGAAGCGUCAGCAAUGAACAUGAACUUUAGCGGAAUGUUCGCUUCCAAACCGACGACCACCGUUGUGCCGUACACGUGCCAACCGACCGCUGGUCGACCAUCCGCUUACCAACCGGCGAACGGGACGCCGACUCUGUACCCGGCGGCACUAAAUCCAUUCGCUGCCCAGCAGCAACAUGCACCGCAACAGCAACAACAGCUGAUCAUGACACCCAGCGGAGGGAUUUUUGUGAAUGCCGCCGCCAUCCCGGCGAUGAUCAACUCGCAGCUGAGUGCGGCGUUCACACCGACGUCAGCCAACAUUCCCGCACUGCAUCCACUGCAGCCGGGGCCGAUGCCACCUUCCUCGCAGGGUGGCGGUGCGAACGGCACCAGUGGUGCCACCACCACCGGACAGUUACCAAAUAUCACAGCUAUCAUCCAACAGAGCAAUGGCGGACCGGCUGCCUUGAAUGGUAGCGCAACCGGUACCGCUCAGCAACCCCAGCACCAUCACCACCACCACCAUCACCCGCUGCUGGCAAACAUUUCGCCUGCGAUCCUUUCGAACCUGCAGGUAGCGGCGGCUGCGUUUGCCUCGUCCGCCAACAACGGUACUGGUGUGAGUGCGGCAAACAAACUUGCACUCGGACAAGCAACAUCAUCCGCAGCAGCGACUCAGUUUGUGCCGAUCUCUGCUGCAGCACACUACGGCACCGGAACUACGCUUUACGCAGCGACAACCGGACAACCGGCCCUCGGUAUCGCCACUUCCAUGCAGCAGCAUCACGCCCAGCAACAGCAGGCGAUUGUGUCGUCCGCCGUCCAAUCGCUCUCUCCACCACCACUCGUGGCCACAGUGCCCACCUACACCACCACCGGCAAACCGAUCAUGAACGCGGUGCUUAACGGUGUUUCAUCGGCAGUAUCCACGUCGUCUGUGACACCGGGCACGGCACUGUUGGCAGCGGCCCCAACUGGAACCGCAAAACCACCCGUUGGUGGCGAACCGCCCGGAUUGGUACCGGUGCAGCUUCCGAAGCAGCAACCACCGACGGCAUCGUCGGUCACGUCGACGGUUCCCCUUCCGAAGUUGGUUCGUUCGUCCACGCUUACGUCACGUAGCAACGGUUCCACGCAAACACCGUCGGCUGUGAUACCUUCCGUUGCGCCCAGCUCACCGCCAGCCCUCAAUCCACUCACGCUUGAUUGUGGCAGCAGCAACGACAGUGGCAUCGUCGCCAACUCGAGCGACAGUGAGGACAAGUCGCUUACGAUCGAUCUCUGCUCGCCCGGCUCACCCUCCGACACGUCCUCGGCCAAGAAAGGCGAAGAAGGGGACGAAGAAGAGGAAGAGGACCAGGUUCAUCAUCAUAUGCACGAGCCUCAUCACAAUCAUCACCAUCAUCAGCAAAGGCGUCAUCUGCAUCACCGGCGCCAUGGGGCUGGCAGUGCCAGUGGUAACAAGGACGAUACACGAACAACAGCAUCCUCGAGAUCGUCACCGCUCUCUACCUCGUCUUUGGAAGAUUCCGAGGAUCAGUUGAUCGUCGAUCAUGAGCCUCCGGUAACGAGUACUCCCGCAAUGGUAGCGUCCGUUGCGGUGUCACGGCCACCACCGCUACUGCUUCUGUCCGAUGUGGCAGUAGCAGCUGCUGAAGCUGAUGCCGCACUCAAUAAGCAUCAGACGACGUCGGUAGGCAACCAAAAGCACGCAACCAACUCAACCGUUCUCGAGUUAAUACGGCAAAAGCAUGAGCAGCAACAGCAGCCAGUCCAUCCACCGAUGGAGCAGGAGGACGACGAAGACACAUCGUCCACCGUCAAGCAGAUUCCCGAGGAGCAGCAGCAAUCAUCGCAGGAGGCCAUGUCUACGAUGUCAUCCUCAUCUGCAACAGAUCUGCAGGGCGAUUACAGUGCCGCUUCAACGCCACAAAGCGCAAGCUCUUCUGACAGUGCAGCGCCUCAACAGCAUCAGGAGUCGGGGCAGGAACUGGAUAAGAAACGACAGGGUCAAUCUUCAAUUGAUUCCCGCACCACCAAUUCUUCACCCUCGUCCGAACAGUCGCAUCUGUCGCCACCGAGCAUCGACACGGAGAUAGUGCUGCAGAGCCCGUUCGCACCGGAAGCAACCUGCGCGAAGAGUCCGAUCCUUUCGCAGCCGAAAACGAUCCGCUUUCCGGCACCGUCCGGUACGGCACCGCAUCACAACUUCGGACGGAAAGGGUUCCGCCGGUCGGGUGAUGGAAGGCUGUACGGUGUUUGCUAUUGGCGCGAUUGCGUGAGCAAGUUUGACAGCAGCUCGCAGCUGCUCGAUCAUUUGCAGAUAGCGCACGUGAACACCCAGAAGGAUCCACCGUACGCGUGCCUGUGGGAUGGGUGUAAGGUACAUAAUAAGGAGUGCACCAAGUUUAACUGGCUCGAAAAUCACGUCCAGUCGCAUGCCUGCACCAAACCACACAAAUGCAUCGUGGCCGGGUGUGGAAUGCGCUUCGCCUCGCAGCCAAUGCUGCUAAAGCACGUCAACAGUCACUUCGCGAACGUGGACAGCAAUAGUUCUGGCAAGCGAUCGUCCGAUCCGCCCGUCCCGAAGGUGCUUAGAAAAACGGGCAAAAAACUGCGCUACCGCCGGCAACCGUGGUCAGCACGUCGCUUUGAUUUCUUCGACUCCGGCGUAAUGGAAGGUCUGCAGCAUCGUUUGAUACGGCUUGGUACGAUUGCAAGCGGCCAGGGCGGCGCAAUAACUUUCCGUGGAAUACAGCUUGGCCGUCGCCACAUACCGAGUGAAGGAACGGAAGUGCUCGUCCGAUGGUAUCCUGCAGAAAUCUUGCCAGACGAAUGGUUACCGGAGCUGCCGGUGGGUGAGAAGUUCGUGAAGCAAGUGAGCAUACACAGCCUCACGAUCGAGCAGCGAAACGAUCUGUCCGAUUAUUUGAAACAAGAUCGGCUCAAUCCAACGGCAGCCGCCAUUGUGAAUCCGUUUGCCGCGCUGCACGAGCAUGAGUUUGAGUCGCAGAUUACGGCGAGUGGCAGUGGAAGCAGCUCCAACCUUAGCAGCAUCAGCAGCAACAGCAGCAGCUGCAGCUGGAGUAACAACAGCUUCUCCAAUCAGGCUGGUCGGUUCAACUGUCGCACGGCACCAAAGCAACAGCGCAAGCGGUCUAAACUUUCCGCGACGGAUUCAAACGGUUCCUGUUCGUCACAAUCGAUUACGUCAAGCGGGUUUUCGUCGAUCUUUUCAACCUCUCUAACGUCGUUAUCCGGUGGUACGAGUAGCGCUGCUAGCCAUAACAACACUGCCGUGUCAUCAUGUGGUAGCAGCAGCCGUGAGGGAACCUGCGGUGCAAUGCAACUAUCCUCCUCAAGUUCUUCAUCAACAAUCUCCUUCUCAUCCUCGUCGGUUUCCUCCUCCAUAACUCCAUCAUCAUCGUCCGGACUCUUGAAGUCAUCCCCAUCAUCCUGA